AUGACGUCCAGUCAUAAGAUUUCUUUUUCUAUUAUAGACAUAUUGGAUCCCAACAAAUUCAACAGCAAAGGGGUAAACGAACUUUCCUUCAUCAAGGAGACGUUUCCUGCACCAAAUGCAGAUGGAACAAGUUUGGAGUGGGACAGCACAGCUAAUGGAGACUUUAGAGACGAGCGCACAGAUGCAGGAGAGGAGACAGGAGAUGAAGAAUCUACACUCUUUAGACAUCCUUCAGUUGUUACUGACCCCCUUCUCAUUUCCUCUCCGGCUCGCACAGAGUCCAGUCUGUCCGGCGAGCAGGACCUCGAAGACAGGAAACCCGAAGUCACCCCGCGGGACCCCUCUCCGCAGAAGCGGCGACGCCCGGACCAGACCUGCGCCAAACCAAGGCGCGCCAGAACAGCGUUCACAUACGAACAACUAGUGGCUCUGGAAAACAAAUUCCGUGCUACUCGAUAUUUGUCAGUCUGCGAGAGACUAAAUCUAGCCCUGUCCUUAAGUUUGACCGAAACCCAGGUGAAAAUCUGGUUCCAGAACAGGAGGACCAAGUGGAAAAAACAGAAUCCCGGGGCGGAAAGCACUCUGCAGCCCGGGUCUAACUCUCUGGUCAAUGUCAGUCCAAACUCAGCAACAUGUAUCUCAAAUUCCGGCAGCUUCCACCAAACUUUCUCCAACUUCAGUUCUGGGAGUGUGAUUUUUCACACAGGCGGUGGUGUUCCGCUCUCAUCCACUGGAGGGCUCCUACAUCCCUUCAUGCCUAGUGGAUUCGUACAGCCUACAUAUUUUAAUCCACAUUUAUAAAAUAAACCAAGAUUGAUACUCUUGGAUAUUUAGACUUUGGACAAAUUUCCUUUUUUUUUUUUUUAAACAAAAACUUUUCGAACAAAUUUACUUGUGAGUGCUGAAAUUGUAAAACUCAUAAUAAUUGAUCCUUUUUCUUGACUUUUCUAUUGUCCACCUGACUACAGGGAAUUUAAACAUAUAGCAAAGCCCAAGAAAGCUUUUGACUGUCCUCUGCUUAUCAUGAAACAAUACAGGUCAAAUAAAUGACCUGUUUAUGAGAUUAUUUGCCAAACAAUAACUUUCCUCAGCUCUGUCAUAAUAAGACUGUCAUCGUUUGUGCUUCACAUCUCUUCAUUGUUUAGAUUAGAUGGCUCAUAUGUCAGUGUUUUGUCUUG